CCUCCAUCCUCACUCUUCCUCAACCCGCCGCCAGUCCCAAAUACGCAAACGGCAAAUCAGCCGCCGCCCCCUCCCGACCUGCACAGGCUGCACGCAGCUCCCAUCUCCGGCUCCGGUGACCGGCGCUCCCCCUCCUCGCCCAGGUCCAGAGCCGCCCCCUCUCGACCUGCAAGCUGCACGCAGCGGGGCCAGGGCCAGAGCCGCCACCCCCGGUGACCGGCGCCCCGCGCCCCCAGUCCCCCUCCCCCACGGCUGACGGCCCCACUGCCACCUGCCAGGCGCCCCAGCCGCCUCCUCUCCCGGCUCACUCACCGGUAACCGGCGUCCGGCCGGGACCUGGACGUGCCGCGUGCGGCCCAACGCCCCAAGCCCCCAACCCAGGAAUCAGCGACCAGCCGACCACAGCAGCCAGCAGAGAAGGGAAUACGAAUAACCAAAGAAGCGAAGAACAGAUAGAGAAACUGAUAAAGAGAAAGGUAGAUAGAUGGGGAAGCGCAAGCCCAUGCCUUCCGCCGCCGCUGCUCGAGGACCGAAGAACCGGCCAAAGAGGCCAAAGUCUGUGAAGCAGGGAGCUGAGUUACGGGAGCAGAAUCUCCAACUGCCGGAACACGAUUACGAAAAUAUAGAUACUGAAUCUGGAGCAGCAGAGACCGUUCACCGUGAUAAAAAAGCAAAUGGGAUCUUUCAAGACACAUCACAGAGUGAUGAAGAAGAAAUAGAAGACGAGUAUGAUGCUCCUAGUAAUGACACGCCAGGUGAUGCGACAAACAAUGGAAAUGGUUGUUUUGAUGAAACAGAGAUUUCAUGUUCAUUUCAUCGCCAUGUAAGCCACGUCAUAACAAAUGAAGAAGUCAAGAUGUUGAUGAAGAAGAACUAUAAAUUUAAAUGGGAAAUGCCUGCUGUGGGCAUUCCAAGGUCCAAAUGGGUUGGAACAGGUGAAAAAGUGCAGGAAGCAUGUGAUGAUCAUCUUCAUGAUGUCAAAGGAAAGUUGAGAGACCAUUGGCAACAUACACUGUCCGAUCAUUUAAAUUCUCGAAUGAGCUUUUACUCUCUUUGUAACAGUUAUCGUGACAUAAUGCAUUGCAAUAAGAAGCCAUUUUAUCUGAAAAGUAACGGUCCUGAUUCUAGUACCAUGGACGCAUAUCUUAUGCAUGCUUUGAAUCAUGUGCAUAGGACGCGAGAUGUUGUAAUUAGAAAUGACGCAAAGCUUAGGAAUGACACUGACAGAGAUAUUACGGAUGAUAAGACAUACCUUGAUCAGGGUUUUACACGCCCGAAGGUUCUUUUUUUGUUGCCUCUCAAAAGUUUUGCACGGCGCAUUGUGAAGAGAUUGAUCCAGCUUUCCCCAUUGCCACAAAAGGAUAGUGCCAUGGGACAAUUUAAAAAGGAGUUUGGUGAAUCAGAUGACGAGGGGAUACCUGAACAUAGCACAAAACCUGCAGACUUUGACCUCCUUUUUGCCGGAGACAUUGAUGACCACUUUGUUUUUGGCGUAAAGUUAACAAAGAAAUCUAUUAAGCUGUACAGUAACUUCUAUUCUUCUGAUAUAAUAGUUGCAUCUCCUUUAGCGCUGAAACGCAAAAUUGAUGGAGGAGGACAUGACAAGAAGGAUUUUGAUUUCCUAUCUUCAAUUGAAAUAGUGGUUGUUGAUCAUGCGGAUGUGAUGUCUAUGCAGAACUGGGACCAUCUGGAGGCUGUGUUUGAACAACUUAAUCAGUUGCCAUCAAAAGAACAUGGAACCAAUGUGAUGCGAAUUAGGCCGUGGUACUUGGAUCAGCAUGCACAGUACUAUCGGCAGACAAUACUGUUAAGCUCAUACCUUACACCAGAGAUUAAUGCUUUAUUUAACGGAUUAUGCUUAAAUUAUGAAGGAAAGAUUAAAAUGGUGACCGAGUAUGCAGGAGUUCUUCCCAAAAUACAACUUGAAGUGCGGCAGGUGUAUGAAAGAUUUGAUGCAUCUUCUAUUGCUGAAGCUGACGGUGCUCGUUUUGAUUAUUUCUGCAACAAGGUAUAUCCAAAGAUCCAGGACUUGGAUGAGGGUGGGCUGCUGCUAUUCGUCAGUUCGUAUUUUGAAUACAUUCGAAUAAGCAAUUUCUUAAAAUCCAAGGAAGCGUCCUUUUGUCGAAUCGGAGAGGCUACGUCUCAGCAGGAUAUAUCCCGUGCAAGGCUCUGGUUUUUUGAGGGCAAGAAAAAGAUCUUGCUUUACAGCGAAAGAUCUCACUUCUACCACCGAUACAAGAUCAGGGGAACGAAGCAUCUACUAGUCUAUUCGUUGCCUGGGAGAAAAGAAUUUUAUCCGGAGCUUGUAAAUAUGCUGGGCGAAUCAGAAAACCGCAAGUGCAACGUCCUCUUCUCUCGUCUAGACCUUCUCAAGUUGGAGCGGAUCGUUGGGAAGUCUUCGGCGCGAAGGUUGAUUUCCUCGGAGAAGGGCAUGUUUGUCUUCUGCUGAUGUAGCAGCCUAGCCCGUACUGUAGAGCAGGCGAAUGGUUUUAUACAUUGAUCCCUAGCAAAUGUACCCACAGCAGGGGGUCACGUUGUUGUUUGCCUGUCAGGCAAGAAUCUGGACCAUGUUAUGUAGGCAAAAAAAAAAAAAAAUCUGAAUCCCGUUUGUACGGCUAACAUUAUACUUUUAUGCCCCUAUUUGUUUCCAUCAAACUUAUAGAUUAUAUAGUCACCUAAUGACUUGCUUAUUUGUUAUCAUAGUCUAGGUAUGUAAAUUAUAUAUUCCAUCUAAUAAUUUGUGUUAUAAUAAUUUGUGUUGUUUGUUUGUUU